CUAUAAUACAUAUUAAAAGCUUAUUUUCGGCUAGAUGUUUAAAUUUUCUUUAGGCUGUAGAGAAAUACAAUGUUGAAUGUAGCCGAUCAAAAGAAAGCUGAAAAGUUCAAUAUUUUGCCAAAGAUCAUAAAUGGGGGAAUAGCUGGGAUUAUUGGAGUAACAUGCGUUUUCCCAAUGGAUUUGGUAAAGACGCGCUUGCAAAACCAGCAAAUCGGUCCCAAUGGCGAGCGCAUGUACACCAGCAUUGCCGACUGUUUUCGUAAGACUAUAGCCAGCGAAGGAUUCUUUGGCAUGUACAAGGGUUCGGCGGUUAACAUUAUACUUGUCACACCCGAAAAGAGCAUUAAAUUGGCUGCAAACGACUAUUUCCGGUAUCAGUUGGCUACUGAACAAGGCGUUCUUUCACUACCGCGAGCAGGAUUGGCGGGCGGUUUAGCUGGAAUGUUCCAGAUCGUAGUCACAACCCCAAUGGAACUUCUGAAGAUCCAAAUGCAAGACGCCGGGCGCAUGGCUGCUGCCGCCAAAGCAGAAGGCCGGGAGUUCAAACAGGUUUCCGCCUUGGGUCUUACCAAGGAGCUCUUGCGUGAGCGUGGCAUCCUAGGGCUAUACAAGGGAGUGGGAGCUACUGGAGUGCGGGACAUAACAUUUUCGGUGUUGUACUUCCCAUUAAUGGCAAUAAUAAACGACAAAGGGCCACGCAAGUCGGACGGUUCGGGUGAAGCGGUAUUCUACUGGUCUCUGAUAGCUGGUCUACUAGCUGGGAUGACAGGUGCCUUUACGGUUACACCGCUGGAUGUGAUCAAAACUCGGCUGCAGGGCGAUAUCAAAAAGGAGUACAAUGGCAUCGCGGACUGUGUGCGGAAGACCUUGAAAAAAGAGGGUGUCACGGCAUUCUUUAAAGGCGGCCUAUGUAGGAUAAUGGUGGUAGCUCCAUUAUUCGGGAUCGCCCAAAUGUUUUACUUUUUGGGUGUUGGUGAACAAAUAUUAGGCAUUGAGCAAAAAAAGUCAGUCUAAUGUGAAAAGUAAAUGGAAACCCUUAAUGAGAUUUUUAAAAAUUAUCAGUGCAAAAUUAAAUAAAUAAAUUAUGUUUUUAAACAAAAAA